AUGCUUGUUAUGGCCAAUCAACAUUCGCUGCUGGCUUAUACUUGUUGCCUUGUUGCUGCACUUUCGGUGCGUGAACCAUUGAUACCACUGUACUCGAUAAGGGGUGAAAACCCUCAGCAAACACAAACGCUUAUGCUGGAAUCGUUGAAGCAGCGAUUCUCAUUCUGCCCUCUUGGACAAGCUCGUAAUUUCGGUGAUCUUGCCGUACUUAUGCGAGUUGUUUUGGCUGCCGAAGCAGCAAAAAUUUUAACAGCUUCAUUGACGGAUAAUAUUGCUCGACGAGUGGAUCCCGUAACGGUCGAGAAUGCACCAAAAGGUGCAUACGAAUGUCAGAAAUUAAAGGAUUGCGUGUACAUCGAUCCAAGUUCAGUGCUGUACAAGGGCGAACCAGAUUGGGUGCUUUAUCAGGAAAUUAUUGAGAGGAAGGAUAAGAAAUGUAUGCAAAAUGUGAUGUCCGUUGAAGAAAGCUGGUUACCCCGUUUGGCCAGUUCGUAUUGCUGCUUCACACCCAUCAAAGAUGCGGAACCAAGGUAA